AUGAAGUCAAUCUUGGCCAUAAUCGGCAGCGUGGCGCUCGCCACCUACUUUGUGCUGCACAACAAGACCUCCUCGGGCCUGUAUGAGUCCUGGAAGGUCCAGCACGGCGUUGAGUUCCUGGGCGAGGAGGACUCCUUCCGGAGGGCCAUCUUCGAGGAAAACAUGCGGGUGAUUACCGAGCACAACGCCAAGGCUGACGCCACCUACAAGAUGGGCGUCAACCAGUUCUCCGCCAUGACCUCGGACGAGUUCGUGAGCACCUACCUUGGAUACAUCGAGAAGGAAGACAAACUGCUCGGAAUCAGUGAGGACUUCGAGUACGACGCUGACAUUGACUGGACCGACAAGGGCGUCCUCACCGACAUCAAGGACCAGGGCCGCUGCGGCUCCUGCUGGGCUUUCUCCGCCACCGGCGCCCUCGAGGCCAUGGCUAAGGCCAAGACUGGUGAGCUGCCCUCGCUGUCUGAACAGCAGUUGGUGGACUGCUCGCGGUCGUACGGGAACAUGGGCUGCAACGGCGGGCUGAUGGACAGCGCCUUCAAGUACACCCGGGACCACGGCAUCACCACCGAAUCCGCUUACCCUUACACGGCCAAGGACGGCUCCUGCAAGUCCUUCACCAGUGCCUUCAAGAACGCCGGGUUCACCGACGUGCGGGGCUGCUCCAACUUGUACACUGCGCUGGCCGGCCGCCCGGUCUCGGUCGCUGUGGACGCCACCAACUGGUCUCGCUACAGCUCCGGCGUGUUCAACAACUGCGGCACUCGGCUGAACCACGGCGUGCUGCUGGUUGGCGCGACCGACCAGUUCUGGACUAUCAAGAACUCCUGGAGCACUAGCAGCGGAUGGGGCGAGAGGGGCUUCAUCCGGAUCUCCCGGGGCAACACCUGCGGCCUGUGCAACCAGCCCUCCUACCCCAAUUGA